CUGCCGUAAGAGCUAGGCUGCGACAUACGGUCGACAGUCCAGUUUUUGGCCGUGUGGUCAGCGCUUUCGCCUCCCAUUGCGAAGCUCCUCUAUUCGAGCCCCGGUGCGGGCGGUGCGAAACAGGGCGGGUUACAGUAGCACAUUAAUUUACAGCAGAACAACGUGCAAAUGAGUCUUCACUAAGGACUGUAUGGAUAUUGGAGCAAAACAAAACAUCUUUCGCUGACGGGAGAGUGCUUCUGCUGCAAUUAUCUUACUCAAAAGUAGACAUGGCUGCAACAAAAGAGUUUACCACCGUCACAGAAACUACCUGGACAGACGAUAAUUAUGAUGAUGAAUAUGAUGAUGAUUUCUACCAAGAUGAAAUGUGCAAUAAGACAGGCCUCAUGCGCUUUGGAAAGAUCUCCAGUCCUCUCUUCCUCUCCAUGGUGGUGGUCCUCAGUCUGCUGGGCAACAUCCUGGUCAUGGUGAUUCUGCUCAAGUAUGAGAACGUCAAAUCCCUCACCAACGCCUUCAUCUUAAACCUGGCAGUGUCGGACCUUCUCUUCACCGCAGGGUUGCCCUUCUGGGCCUACUACCACAUGUUCGGCUGGACAUUAGGGGAGAGCGUGUGCAAAUUGGUGAGAUUUGUGUUCAACGUGGGCUUCUACAGCAGCGGCUUGUUCCUCAUUGUUAUGACGGCCCAACGUUACGUGGCCGUACUCAACCCUCUCUCCGGCCUGGUGUCUGCUGCAGGCGCCUACAGUGUACUAGCUUCUGUGCUCAUUUGGAUCCUCAGCAUCCUGGUGGCCACCCCGGCGUUCAUCUUCUCCAAGGUCAUACAACAAGAUGGACUGGGCCACUGUGGAUAUGAGGAUUCCUACGUCAGCCUGUGGGGAAUCUACCAGCAAAACCUUCUUUUUAUCCUCAUCUCUGGCGUGUUCAUCUUUUGCUAUUCUCAGAUCCUGUGCCGACUGCUGCGUCCUUCCUCCCAAAGACGCAAGAACAAAACCUUAAAACUCAUUUUCAUGCUCUUGCUAGUCUUCUUUGUAGGAUGGGCUCCUUACAACAUCACACUCUUUCUAAAAUCUUUACACUUCUGGCCACAAACGCCCGUUGACUCCGCGACUCUUGCAGAAAGGUGUCCAGGACUCAAUGUGCUGGAUUAUGCCUUUCAAGUCAGCAGGCUUUUGGCCUUUUCACACUGCUGCCUCAACCCCAUCUUCUAUGUUUUUGUCGGCUCCAAAUUCAAAAGUCACCUAAAGAGGGUGAUGUGGAGCCGGCGCUAUGGCAACGUAUGUAGGAGCCGGCUCACGAUCACAUCGCUGUCGAGCGGGGAGGAGCUUGUUGUGUAGCUCUUCCUUCCGUCAUUAAAACCUGAAAGCAGGGGUGUCCAAAGUGCAUCAAUGCAGUACAAAGGGCAUACUGUAAAAAUAACAUGUAUUAAUAAGAUAUUAGAUAUGAAACUAAUUACUAUUUGGUUUGUCACCUAUCACACAAAGCUAAGAUGUCGAUUUUUCCUUCCAAUAGUUGCAGUCGUCCCUCGUUUAUCGCGGUUAAAUGGUUCCAGUCCCGUCUGAGAUAGGCAAAUUUCCGCGAAUUAGGAUUCAAUAUUAACAAAUUCAAUAUUUUUGUAGUUAGAGCAUAGAAAACCUGUUUAACAUUAGAGCCCUGUAGACAAAUAACCCCCAAAAGUCACCUUUAUACUCGUAUUACCUAAUAUAGUAGACAUGAAAAGCAACAAUAACUCACCAUUAGCACCGGAAAAGUUCCUUGUUGUAGUAGUAUCUCGAACAUAAUGUUAAUUUUUGAGAAAACUCAAUAGAGCAAGGGAGCGAUGUUUGAACUGCGAUGUAGCAAGGGACGACUGUAUUGGUUAUGGUUUUAGGCAAAGACUAUCAAAGUGACCUCCCGCAACCUUUUGAUUUUUCUGUAUGCGACCCUCGCUGUAAGAAGUUUGGACAUCCCCGCUUUAGAACCUUAAGUCAAAAAAUACAUUUAACAAACAUUACCAUCACAUUCAAUGAUAGAGGCCUUCAAUCAGACAGUGUUCGCCUUUACACUUAAAGUGGUUGAAUUACAAAUCAUGUGUGUACAUACUUUCCUCAUUACAGUAACAUACUGUACAAUCAUGUAAAAUUAAAAAAAAAAUCAAGAAACUCCAUGGUGUAACUCUUCUACUCCUGAACACCAGCACACAAAAGGGUGAAAAUUUGUCCAAAAGUGCACUCUUACUGUGUUGGCUGUGCUAUUAUUUUUCUGAUACAUACACUGCAUGGUGGCACUGUUAUUAAACCCCAAAUUUGACCCCAUGAGUCAGACUGAAUUUCUCACAAAACUUUGAGAGUACCUGUACGUAUUAUAUGUCUGCUAGCAUGUUGUCCAAAACAUUUUGAUCACAACCCAUAGGGGGUGCCAUAUGCCCAUUGACCACCACAAAUUCUGCCUAGCACCAAGUGAUGCAAAUGCGUGACAUGACCAGGUAAAACAAUAUGAGCAUUU